UUUCCUCUCAAUAUUUUCCUUCUUCCUCUUCCAAGUUCCAUAAUCUUUAUGUAAAUGCAUCUGAAGAAAUCAUCUGUAACAGAACGACGAUUAACCGGGAAAGAAGCCACCGGUUAUUUCUCCUCCGAUUCCGAUCCGAACUCUAUACCUAAUCCGAUUCACCAUCAUCAUUUUCCUCUCCAACUUCAGAGCCCAGAUAAUCCCCAAUGUCGAACCGCCAUUGAUGCAGGCGCUGGCUUCACUGUUUAUAACCAUCCGCAUCGUCAGGAUCAUCUCACAGUUGAUAUCCCCGAUUCGUCGUCUCAAAUCCCAAUCUCGACUCCGCACAAAAGGUCCGUGGUGAAUCAACCGUCUCAUACGUUUAAUCGCGCCGCCGGCGUUGACCAUUUCCGACGAGGAGGCGCCAGAGCACGUUUGGGCUCGAUUCCUUCCUUUUUCCCGUGGAAUCUUUUGUCUUUUCUUUCUUCGUAUCGGCUUACGCUACCGUUCGUGACUGAUCGGUUCGUGAGGAAGCUCCUCCGCCAUAUCCUUCGAGCCCGUUUGAUUUGUUUCCAUCUUCGUUUCUUGCUGCUUCUCGCCGUCCCUCCUUUAUACAUCUUCUUCCUUGUAAUCAACUUUCGAAUCUUUCUUCUUUCACUCUUCGCGAUUAUCGCUCUCUCCUUCAUCCUCUCGCUCUCUCUCAGAUUCGCUCUUCCUCACUUACCCUCAAUCCGCCUGUUUCUCGCUCGCUUGCUGACCCUUAUCCCUACCAGAUCCUCUUCCUCUCAAGCAAGCUCAAAGCAAGUUGUUUGGUCCAUCGGCUCGAAGCCAGUUGCGGAGAAUAAGACCAGCUCAGGCUCUUGGGUUCAGAAGUUUGGCACCAGUGAUGUGUAUGAGGGAGAGUUUCAUAGAGGGAAGUGUUCAGGCAGUGGAGUUUAUUACUAUUCCUUGAAAGGCAGAUACGAAGGAGAGUGGAUUGAUGGGAAGUAUGAUGGUUAUGGAGUAGAGACAUGGGCUAAAGGAAGUAGGUACCGAGGUCAAUACAGGCUAGGGCUAAGACAUGGAAUCGGAGUCUAUAGGUUUUAUACAGGAGAUGAAUAUGCUGGUGAGUGGUCCAAUGGGCAGUGCCAUGGGUGUGGUGUAUAUACCUCUGAGGAUGGAAGUAGAUAUGUUGGAGAGUUCAAACGGGGUGCCAAACAUGGCCUUGGUCGUUAUUAUUUCAGAAAUGGUGAUGCAUAUGGUGGGGAGUAUUAUGCAGACAAGAUGCACGGUUUCGGAGUGUAUCAAUUUGAAAACGGGCAUAAGUAUGAAGGAGCUUGGCACGAGGGAAGAAGACAAGGGCUCGGUAUGUACACUUUCAGGAAUGGUGAGACACAGGCUGGUCACUGGGAAGACGGUGUUCUCAGUUGUGCUAGCGAGCAGACCAUCCGUCCUGGAUCAUCUUUUACAAUCAGCCAUUCCAGAGUUAUCGAUGCUGUUGAUCAAGCAAGGAAAGCAGCAGAGAAAGCACGCGAAGUUGUGAAAGUGGAAGAGAGAAUCAACAGAGUGGUGAUGGCUGCAAACAGAGCUGCGAAUGCCGCCAGAGUCGCAGCUGUGAAGGCUGUACAAUCAAAAACAAACCUUUCACAUGAGUAGUAGCGAUCCUGGAAACAAAUGUUAGGAUCUCAUAGGUCAUCAAAAGAUCUUUCUAUCGAUCGAGAUGGUUAAGUCUUCCUCUCUUUUUUUCUAUUAAGCUAGUUUUAAACUGUAGAUAUUAGUUCUUUUAGAGAUAACAAAACAAAAGAUAUCUUUGUAAAUCAACAAAACUGUUGGGUCUGCUUCAUGAAAUGAAACUGGC